AUGGAGUCAGGUGACGAAAAUGCGAUUGAUUCAUUGAACAACUGCGAAAAUACAAGGAAAAUCGAGCACAUGCAAAGGGAGGAAGCUGAAAACGCAAUCGAUUCUAGUCUCAAUGCUCCUUCAACAGAAGAAAAAGCUACAAAUACGAAUGAGAAUAUGGAAAGAAUAGACGGUGAACAAGAGACCGUGUUGCAAACAACUUCAACUGAAUCAACAAUUUCAAUUCAAAAGAGUGUUCCUGAAACUGAAUACAAUAUAGUCCCUCAACCGAAAGAAAGGAUUAAACAUACCAUGAAAUUUACUACUGAAGAGGUUCAAACCACUUCUGAAGUAAUUCCAAUCAAGAGGGUUCAACCACCAAAAAAAGUUACAUUCAAAAUUAAGGGUGAUCUUCAUGAAGUGAAGGCGGUACCUAUAUUGGCCCAUGAUCAAAGGAAUGAAUCGAAAAUUUUGGAAAUACCAACUGAGAAUAAAGAAUCUGAGAAGUUGGAAGAUAACACAAAAGAGCAUCAAAAGGAAGAGGUGCCCCUGAAAAAUAAAAAAGAUACAGAAUGUGUCAAGGCAGAGCCAACCAAAUCAGAGGAAAAGAAGAAAGAGAAGAAAGACGAUGAUGAGUUAAGGUUGCCAACUGUUACAACUCAUUCAAAUGAGUUAGAAGCAUCAUCUCCGGGAACAAAAGCAAUUAUUGAAGAAAAAGAAGAUGAGGAGUUAGAAAUUGCAAUACAAUUGGCAAUUGCAAACUCGUUGGAAAACAUUGUUUCAAAGGAUGAAUCCAACAAAGAAAAAAAGGAUGAUGAACAAGUUAAUCAUAAUGAUCAAAAGGAAAAGGAAGAAGUCCUCGUGGAAACUGAAAAUGAAGAAACAGAUGAUGAAGAAGUUGGUGAUGAUGAAAAGAAUGACAACAAUGACCGAGAAAUACCAAGAACAGCUACAGGGUGGGAGAAUGUUAAGAGAUCAACUGGUUGCCCAAUAGAGAAAAAGAAUUCCAGGGAAGAGGAUGAUAAUGUAGAAGGUGAUGAAAAUCAGAACACUGACGAUGAUGAAGAUCAAAACACAGAAGAUGAUGAAGAGGAGAACGAUGAGAAUGAAUCUGCAAACCUCAAAUCAACUUCAAGGCAGGAAGUUAAUGAAGAAGAUGAGAACAUUAACAAUGAUGAAAUUGUUGCAUUUCCUCCAAGAAAAAUGAAGAGAAAAAGCGUUGCACCAAAGACAAAAUUUCAAUCAGGGAUCAUUGAAAAACAAGCUGAAGAUCCAGUGGAAAAAGACGAUGAAGAAACAGAUGAUGAUAUAUUGAUUAGUCAAUUCAGAGUAGCAAGGACACAACCACUAAGAAAAAGAACAAAAAAGGAAAAGAAUGCAACAACAAAAAAAGAAGAGGAAAAUGAUGAAAAUGCUGUUGAAAAGAGAGGAAAAGGAGUGGUACAGAAAAAGGCAGCAAGGGCCUUGGGAACAAGAACACCAACAAGAAAAAGCUUAAGAUUGCAAGAAAGUGAGAAAGCUGUUGAAGAAAAAGAGGAAGAGAGAGAGAUUGUAAAGGAAACAAAAAGGAGAGUUGGGAGAAUACCCCGUAAAACACUGAAGAAAGAAGAAUCUGACAUAGAUGAAGAAAAUGAGGAAGAUGAUGAAAAUUAUGAGGUGGAAAAAGAAGAAGAAGAAGAAGAAGAAGAAGAAGACACAGAAGAGGAGGAAAAGCCAUUCAACAAGAGAAAGAGACAACAAUUACAGAUAUCGGAGAUCGAUGAGGAUGCAAAGCCAAUUGUUCCAAAGCAAAAGAAAAAGGUGGUGUUGUAUCAGAAAAUUCUCCCAACCCAAUUGAUAGAACUUAUCAAGAAAAUGUCUGACGAGCACAAGGAAGCUAUCAGGAAAAUUGGAUUUGGGGGAUUUCUGAGUCUGAGCAUGGAAAAUCACAAUUCAGCAUUGGCAGAUUACAUAGUGACAAGCUCGAAUGUAGACCGACAGUCAAUCGUUCUGCCCGGAAGUGGUGAAAAUUUUGUCACACCUGAAGACGUUCAUCAGGUCUAUGGUGUACCAUUGGGAGGGGAAGAGAUUGUGGAGCCAGAAAAUGAAGACAUUGAUGAUAAUUACGUAGAGUUCUUAGCAACAUGGAGAAAAAUUUUCAAGCUAAGGAAGGGAAGCCCAACAAACUUGCCACUAAUUGCUAGAAUAAAGGACCUGAUGCUUGAACCAGUAUCCAAUGAGUUCAUUUGGAACUUCGUCAUUGCUGCAGUGAACUCCUGUAUGAGAUCAACCAACAACCCACAAGUAUACAUCAGAUUCAUGUACAGCUGUAUGAACACAAACACGAUUGCUAAUCUGGAUUGGAGCACGUUUGUGUACAGACAUUGGAAGAAAUCUGUAUGUGAAUGGAAAGCUGAAACUUCUUUCUAUACGGGACCUCUACCAUUCCUCUUGGUGUUGUACUUUGAUCGGUUACAAAGAGGAGGCCAACAAGUACCAAGAGAAAUCCCACUUUUAACAGUGUGGAAUAGAGAAAGAAUGACAAACAGAAUUGCCAUUGAAAAAGCAAGAGGAUUUGGAUAA